CUUGGAGUUUUUCACAUUGACGGUUUCACGGGAGUAGUUGUAGUCUUCAUACCGGACAGGGAAACUGUCCCAGAAAAACAGGCUCGGGGGAUUGUUUUACGCGUUUGUAGCGGGAGUUUGGGGGAUAACUGCCUUAGGCGGCUGGAUAUUUGCUUGUUUUUCUCUCGGAUAGUGGUCUAAAGUUGUCACCAUGCCGGUUUUUCACACGAAGACGAUAGAAAGUAUCCUGGAGCCGGUGGCUCAGCAGAUAUCCCAUCUGGUGAUAAUGCACGAAGAAGGUGAAGUUGACGGGAAAGCUAUUCCGGAUCUUUCGGCGCCGGUGGCUGCUGUACAGGCAGCUGUUAGCAACCUCGUUAGGGUGGGGAAGGAGACAGUACAAACCACAGAGGACCAGAUCAUGAAAAGGGACAUGCCACCAGCUUUUAUCAAGGUGGAGAAUGCGUGCACAAAGCUGGUGCAGGCUGCAUCUAUGCUGAAAGCUGAUCCUUACUCUGUUCCUGCUCGAGAUUACCUCAUCGAUGGCUCUCGGGGCAUCCUCUCUGGGACCUCUGACCUGCUCCUGACUUUUGAUGAGGCUGAGGUACGCAAAAUAAUCAGAGUGUGCAAAGGCAUCCUCGAGUACCUGACAGUGGCAGAAGUGGUGGAGUCAAUGGAGGACCUGAUUACGUACACCAAGAACCUGGGACCAGGGAUGACAAAGAUGGCGAAGAUGAUCGAUGAGAGACAGCAGGAGCUGACCCACCAGGAGCACCGUGUGAUGUUGGUCAACUCCAUGAACACAGUCAAAGAGCUUCUGCCUAUUCUCAUCUCAGGUAUCAAAAUCUUUGUGACAACCAAGACCUCUGGCAGUCAGGGCGUAGAGGAGGCCUUAAAGAACCGCAACUUCACUUUUGAGAAGAUGAGUGCUGAGAUAAACGAGAUCAUCAGAGUGCUGCAGCUCACGUCAUGGGACGAGGAUGCCUGGGCCAACAAGGACACAGAGGCCAUGAAGAGGGCUUUGGGACUUAUCGACUCAAAGAUGGCUCAGGCUAAGAACUGGCUGAGGGAUCCAAAUGCUCAACCAGGAGAUGCAGGUGAGCAGGCUAUCCGGCAGAUCCUCGAUGAAGCUGGGAAAGUUGGUGAGCUUUGUGCCGGAAAGGAACGCAGAGAUAUCCUGGGAACGGCAAAGACCCUGGGCCAGAUGACUGACCAGGUGUCUGAGAUGAGGGCAAGAGGUCAGGGUGCCUCCCCAGCAGCCAUGCAGAAAGCACAACAGGUCUCCCAAGGGCUGGACGUGCUAACUGGAAAGGUGGAAAAUGCUGCACGCAAGCUGGAGGCCAUGACUAAUUCCAAGCAGGCCAUCGCCAAAAGGAUCGAUGCUGCGCAGAACUGGCUGGCAGACCCUAAUGCCAGCCCAGAGGGAGAAGAGAACAUCAAGGCUCUGCUUGCGGAGGCCAAAAAGAUUGCAGACAUGUGUGAGGACCCCAAAGAAAGGGAAGACAUCUUGCGCUCUAUUGGAGAGAUUGCAGCAUUGACUGCCAAGCUGUCUGAUCUCAGAAGACAGGGUAAAGGUGACACUCCUGAGGCCAGAGCUCUUGCUAAACAAAUCGCCACCGCUCUGCAGAACCUGCAGUCCAAGACUAACAAAGCUGUGGCCAACAGCAGGCCUGCAAAGGCAGCUGUUCACUUGGAAGGAAAGAUUGAGCAGGCGCAGCGCUGGAUUGACAAUCCAACCAUGGAUGACAACGGUGUGGGCCAGGCAGCCAUCCGCGGUCUGGUGGCAGAGGGCCGCAGGCUGGCCAACGCUCUGCCCGGCCCAUACAGGCAGGAGAUGCUGGGUAAAUGUGAGCAAGUGGAGCAGCUCAUGGCCCAGCUGGCUGACCUGGCUGCCCGCGGUGAAGGGGACUCCCCUCAGGCUCGUGCUGUGGCUCAGCAGCUUCAAGAGGCUUUGAAAGAACUCAAAGGAAAGAUGCAGGAGGCGAUGACUCAGGAGGUGUCAGACAUCUUUAGUGACACGACCACCCCCAUCAAGUUACUGGCAGUGGCUGCUACCGCCCCUCUAGACGCCCCCAACAGAGAUGAGGUCUUUGAGGAGAGGGCUGCCAACUUUGAGAACCACGCCAACAGGCUUGGCGCCACAGCAGAGAAGGCUGCUGCUGUGGGCACUGCCAACAAGAGCACAGUGGAAGGAAUCCAGGCAGCAGUCAAGUCAACGAGAGACUUAACACCACAAGUGGUGUCUGCUGCUCGUAUUCUACUGAGAAACCCUGGUAACCAAGCUGCUUAUGAGCAUUUUGAAACCAUGAAGAACCAGUGGAUCGACAAUGUGGAAAAAAUGACUGGUUUGGUUGAUGAGGCCAUCGAUACUAAAUCUCUGCUGGAUGCCUCAGAGGAGGCUAUCAAGAAGGACCUGGAUAAGUGCCGUGUUGCCAUGGCCAAUCAUCAGCCUCAGAUGCUGGUCGCUGGUGCUACAAGCAUCGCCCGCAGAGCAAACCGCAUCUUGCUGGUGGCAAAACGAGAGGUGGAGAACUCUGAGGAUCCUAAAUUCAGGGAGAUGGUGAAGGCUGCAUCUGAUGAGCUGAGUCAGACGAUUUCUCCCAUGGUGAUGGAUGCCAAGGCAGUGGCUGGAAAUAUUCAGGAUCCAAGUCUUCAGAAGGGCUUCCUGGACUCAGGUUAUAAGAUUCUUGGUGCUGUAGCAAAGGUAAGAGAGGCCUUCCAGCCCCAGGAACCAGACUUCCCACCACCUCCUCCUGAACUGGAUCAGCUCAAUCUUAAUGAUGAGGCAGCACCACCUAAACCUCCUCUUCCUGAGGGUGAAGUUCCUCCUCCAAGGCCUCCUCCUCCAGAGGAGAAGGAUGAGGAGUUCCCUGAGCAGAAGGCUGGUGAUAUGGUCAACGAGCCCAUGAUGGUAGCUGCCAGGCAGCUUCACGAUGAAGCUCGCAAAUGGUCCAGCAAAGGAAAUGACAUCAUUGGAGCUGCCAAAAGAAUGGCCUUGCUCAUGGCUGAGAUGUCCCGUCUGGUGCGUGGAGGCAGUGGAAAUAAGCGUGCCCUCAUCCAGUGCGCCAAGGAUAUUGCUAAAGCUUCUGAUGAGGUCACACGACUGGCUAAGGAGGUGGCCAAGCAGUGCACUGACAAGCGAAUCAGGACCAACCUGCUCCAGGUAUGUGAGCGUAUUCCCACCAUCAGCACUCAGCUCAAAAUCCUGUCCACAGUCAAGGCCACCAUGUUGGGUCGUACUAACAUCAGUGAAGAGGAAUCAGAGCAGGCUACUGAAAUGCUGGUCCACAAUGCCCAGAACCUGAUGCAGUCUGUGAAGGAGACGGUCAGGGAGGCUGAGGCAGCUUCCAUCAAGAUCCGAACAGAUGCAGGUUUCACCCUCCACUGGGUCAGAAAGACCCCUUGGUACCAGUAAACAAAGGGCUACUGCUGCUCUGCUUUAUGCUGGUUACAACCAGCCGUCCAGGAGGACAUUGAAAGGACAGAAAUAUUAUUUUAUCAGAGCUAUAAUAUCAGCGCCCUUCAUUGUAAUACUGUACGGGCAAAGCUUCUCCAUUAGUCCCACAUCCUGUCUGUAACAGUUGCUGUUCUGGUAGAAUGUAAAGGAUGGGACUAUCAGUGCGAGUGAUGGGUUAGAUUCUUACUGGGAAGUUGUUUUUUUCUAAAGUGUGUAAAGAUUUGUUUUAACGCUUAUUUUGGCAAAUCCCAGGAAUAUAUAUAUGUUUUGAUUAGAGGUUUGAUUUCAUAUAAAUUAAUUUGGGCCUCUUCUACACACAAAUGUAGGGAUCAUUUUAUAUCUUUGUACUGUCGAUUCUACAAUUAUCAUUCAUUCACCUUUGCUUAAAUAAGCACAUGACCUUGAGGAUUUGUUACAAGUACAGUAUAGACCGACGCUCAGCACAUGCAAAUUAUAUCCAGUGGUAUUAUGCCUGUUUACACUAUUAUUACAAGUGAAAGAGAAACACUGUUCAAUAAUUUUCAUAAUGUAAUGCAAUUGUAGCAAUGUUUAUUUUCUUAAGAGUUCUGCCAAAGACAUUGUGCCAUGAUCUUUGAAAGUAUAGUUGUCUUGUUUUGGUCAGCAAUACUUUUGAAUUGUAAGGGCUAGCUUUUUAAGUUAGAAUAGGAACUAAAACAUCUAGCAUCAGUUUACCUAUAUUUUGCUUUGAGAUUACAAAUGCUUGCUCUGAAGUAUGAAGCCUUAUAGCCAAAAUUUCUACAGCAAGCUAACAAAGCUAAGUUGUCUUUGGAGAGGCUCUUCCUGACUGCUGUUUUUCAUGUUGUCUCAUUGUGCACAAUCAUUUCUUGUGAUAUAUAACUAGCACACUUCUCUAAGGUAGUGAAGGGAAUGACCAAUUUUUAGAUAGAGCACAGUGUCAUCUGCAUAAGGUUAUAUCCUCAUUUUAUGCUAAUAGAUUUUUGUCUCGAUACACUAAACAUAACUGGCCACUUUUUGUGGGAAUUGUAGUCCAUAUUUUGAAAUGUCUGAAGACUGUUGGUGUGAAUGUGUCUUUUUAAUACCAACUGAUGUGCCUUUGUGAAAGAAACUUUAUUUGCAAUUGAUACAUUUUUCAUUUAUAGAUGUUUUGUAUCAUUUGUACAAGGUGUGAUGGUGAUGAUUUGUUCAAAACACUUGUUGUACAUGAUUCUUCUUGAAAGCUACAUCACUUCAUGACUUUAAGUGGAAUUAUGAUCUAUGCAAACCCUGAGAACGUUUGUUUAAAAAAGAUAUCAAAAUUAUGCAACAUAGUUGGGUUUAAACAGGCCUGAACUACAUUUUUUCUGAGGCAUUGUUCACAAUUUUGUAAUAAAGCAUUUUAUAGCA